AUGCCAUUCCCUACAGAGUUCCAUUUCUCCUAUUGGAAUAUUCAGUCUUCCGCUUCACCAAAGAUGGCAUCUCUCCUGUGCGCUCUUUCUGCUGUGUUGGCCGUAUCUAUGGUCAGUGCAAGAGGUUAUGGUCCAGGUGGAAUGGGCGGAAUGAUGUCGGGUGGAAUAGGCGGUGGAAUGAUGUCAAUGGGAGGCAUAGGAUCCAUGGGCGGUAGUAUGGGAGGCAUUGGAUCCAUGAUGCCAAUUAGUAAAAUGAUGGGAAGCAUGGGCGGUAUUGGAUCUAUGGGAAGCAUGGGUGGAAUUGGAUCUAUGGGCGGAAUUGGAUCUAUGGGUGGCAUGGGUGGAAUUGGAUCAAUGGGCAGCAUGGGUGGAAUCGGAUCAAUGGGAAGCAUGGGUGGAAUCGGAUCUAUGGGCGGAAUAAGAUACAUGAAAUCUAUGGGCGGCAUUGGAUCCAUGGGCGGUAUUGGAUCUAUGGGUGGCAUGGGAUCCAUGGGCGGUAUUGGAUUUAUGGGCGGCAUGGGAUCAAUGGGCGGCAUGGGAUCAAUGGGCGGCAUCGGAUCCAUGGGUGGCAUCGGUUCCAUGGGCGGUAUCGGAUCCAUGGGUGGCAUGGGAGGCAUGGGAAUGAAAUCUGGAUAUUAAUACUCUUCAACUCUCAGGGCCACCAUAAACCGUUUUCAUGUUUAUUUUGCUUAUAUGUAAUAAAUAUUUGCAGUAUCAAAA